AUGACAGAAAAUGUCCUCUGCCGCCUGGCCACCUACUUGGAGGAACUCGAGGCUGUGGACCUGAAAAAGUUCAAGCUAUACCUGAGGACCACAACAGAGCUGGGGCAGGACAAAAUCCCCUGGGGACGGAUGGAGAAUGCUGGUCCCUUGGAAAUGGCCCAGCUGCUCAUUGCUCAUCAUGGGUCAGGGGAGGCCUGGCUGCUGGCUCUUAGCAUCUUUGAAUGGAUCAACAGGAAGGACCUAUGGGAACGAGGACAGAGAGAAGACCUGGUGAGGGAUGCUCCAACUGGUGCCCCGUACUCACUGGGGAGACAGUCGAGAUGUCCUGUGGAAGUAUGUGCUAACACACCAAGGAAAGAUCCUCGGGAAACCUACCAUGACUAUGUUCGGCGGAAAUUCCGGCUGAUGGAAGACCGAAACGCACGACUGGGAGAAUGUGUCAACCUCAGCCACCGGUACACACGGCUUCUCUUGGUGAAGGAGCACUCAAACCCCAUGAGGGCCCAGGAGAAGCUUUUGUCCAUGAGCCAGGGACACUUGAGAACCAUGGACCACCUGGCCAGCCCCAUCCAGAUAGAGACCCUCUUCGAGCCAGAUGAAGAGAGACCCGAACCACCCCACACUGUGGUCCUGCAAGGGGCAGCGGGUAUGGGUAAGUCCAUGCUAGCUCACAAGAUGAUGUUGGACUGGGCAGAUGGAAGACUCUUCCAGGGUAGGUUUGAUUUCAUCUUCUACAUCAACUGUAGAGAGAUGAACCAGAAGGCUGAGCGGAGCUUGCAAGAUCUCAUCUCCAGCUGUUGGCCAGAGCAGAGCGAACCUCACCCUGAACUUGUCCAGGCUCCUGAGUGCCUCCUUUUCAUCAUUGAUGGCUUUGAUGAGCUCAAGCCCUCAUUCCACCAUCCUCAGGACCCCUGGUGCUUUUGCUGGAAAGAGAAACAACCCACAGAGCUCCUUCUCAGCAGCCUGAUUCAGAAGAAGUUGCUUCCUGAGUCAUCUCUGCUGAUCACCACCCGACCCACGGCUUUGGAGAAGCUCCAUCGAUUGUUGGAGCACCCCCGGCAUGUGGAAAUCUUGGGUUUCUCUGAGGCAGAGAUAAAGGAAUACUUCUACAAGUAUUUCCACAGUGAGGAGCAGGCCAGCCAAGCCUUCAAUUUAGUGAGAGAAAAUGAGCCCCUCUUCACCAUGUGUUUUGUUCCCAUGGUGUGUUGGGUGGUUUGCACUUGUCUCAAGCAGCAGCUAGAGGGCGCAGAGUUUGUAAGACAGACGUCCAGGACCACCACAGCAGUGUACACACUCUAUCUUCUGAAUCUGAUGCAACCCAAGCCUGGUACCCCGACUCACAAGCCCCCACUCAACCAGAAAGGGCUGUGCUCCUUGGCUGCUGAUGGUCUCUGGAACCAGAAGGUCCUAUUUGAGGAGCAAGACCUACGUAAACACGGUCUGGAUGGGGUGGAUGUAUCUGCCUUCCUCAACAUGAACAUCUUCCAGAAGGACAUCAACUGUGAGAAGUUCUACAGCUUCAUCCACCUGAGUUUCCAGGAAUUCUUUGCUGCCAUGAACUAUAUCUUAGAUGGCUGGGAGAGUGGGUUGGGUCCAGAUCAGAAUGUGAGCAGACUGUUGGCUGAGUAUGGGUCAUCAAACAGGAGCUUCCUGGCCCCCACUGUCCGCUUCUUGUUUGGACUCCUAAAUGAAGAGAUUAGAAGCUACCUGGAGAAGAGUCUUGGCUGGAAGGUCUCACCUCACAUCAAGAUGGAAUUGUUGAAGUGGAUUCAGAGCAAAGCUCAGAGUGAAGGGUCUACCCUCCAGCAGGGGUCCUUGGAGCUCUUAAGCUGUUUGUAUGAGAUCCAAGAGGAGGAAUUUAUCCAACAGGCCCUGAGCCACUUUCAGGUGGUUGUGGUCAACAACAUUGCCACCAAGAUGGAGCACAUGGUCUCCUCAUUUUGCAUGAAGAGCUGCAAGAGUGUCCUGGUGGUGCACUUGUAUGGAGCAGCCUUCAGUGCAGAUGAAGACAGUAGGGAGAGAUGGUCUUCAGUGCUCCAGACAUCAUUGGCACACUUACCUGAGAGGAGUGUUCUACCCAAUGCCUACAGUGAACAUCUUGCGGCUGCUCUGCACAACAAUCCUAACCUGAUAGAGCUGGUUUUGUACCACAAUGCCCUGGGAAGCCGGGGGGUGAAGCUGCUGUGCCAAGGACUCAGACACCCCAACUGCAAACUUCAGAACUUGAGGCUGAAGAGAUGCCAUGUCUCCAGCUCAGCCUGUGAGGACCUGGCGGUCGCCGUGACAACCAACAAGCAUCUCAUGAGGAUGGAUCUGAGCAGGAACAGUCUCGGGCUGCCAGGCAUGAAACUGCUCUGUGCGGGCCUCCGGCACCCCAAAUGCCGACUGCAGAUGAUUCAGUUGAGAAAAUGUCAACUAGAAGCUGGGGCUUGUCAGGAGAUCUCAUCGGUGCUCAGCAAUAACCAGCAUCUGAUAGAAUUAGACCUGACAGGCAACGCACUGGAGGAUCAGGGUCUGAAGCUAUUGUGUCAAGGUUUGAAACACCCCACGUGUCAGCUGCAGACUUUAUGGUUGAAGAUUUGCCGCCUCACUGCUGGGGGCUGUGAAGACCUCUCCUCAGUUCUCAGCAUGAACCAGAGCUUAAGGGAGCUGGACCUGAGCUUGAAUGAUCUGGGGGACCUUGGAGUGCUACUACUGUGUGAGGGUCUCAGACACCCCAAGUGCAAACUUCAGACCCUCCGGGUGGGCAUUUGCCGUCUCGGUUCUGCAGCCUGCGAGGGUCUGGCUGCCGUGCUCCAAGCCAAUCACCACCUCCAGGAAUUGGACCUGAGUUUCAAUGACCUGGGAGACCAGGGCAUACGUCUGAUGUGCGAGGGGCUGCGCCAUCCCACCUGCCGACUCCAGAAACUGUGGCUGGACAGCUGUGGCCUCACAGCCCGAGCAUGUGAGCAUCUGUCUUCCACCCUGGGAGUCAACCAGACCCUCACUGAGCUCUACCUGACCAACAAUGCCCUGAGGGACACCGGUGUCCGGCUGCUGUGCAAGACCUUGAGUCAUCCUCGCUGCAAACUUCGAGUUCUCUGGCUCUUUGGGAUGAACUUGAAUAACAUAACCCACAGAGCACUGGCGGAACUUCGCGUAAAGAAACCUUACUUAGACAUUGGCUGCUGA